AUGACGCAUCUCGUCGAAGGAUCCUCGAUCCUCGAUGGAUCCUGGCAACUGCCUAUUCUGGUCACUGAUCUGAACAUUCAGAGGUUGCUCUCAAUGAUAAUGCUAGCCUUUAUAAAAGUUGAAUAACUUCAGAAACAUCUACGUGCGCGGGGAUCUUCACAUCGGAGGACUCAUGCUUCAGCUCGUCAAUGAAUGCGGUCAGUCUUUUCUUUUCCGCAGCCUACAAUUUCUGAUCAUCAUAUCAGUUGUGUGCCAUCGCGGCUCCUCGGCAACCCGCUCGCCCCCGCAUUUAUUACACUCCUCCCCGAGAUAUCUUCUCUUUUUCCUUCUGCUUUCCAACACCACCGAGAGCGCGUCGAACAACACAAGUCGCUUUAGUUGAACAUCAAAAAGAAGCUAUUGGUUUUUAGGAGAAAAAGAUAAGGAAAAGGAAGGUCGUCGCGCACGCACGCACGCACAGUUAUGAUGACAUUUCUGUGGGAUUCACGGCAAGCAUUUUCGAACAUUACUUGAGUUUCCCGCCCGUAUUACUUCGUUGAGUAGCUGCUCAGUAUAGUUUUAGAUACGGAGCGAUACGAACCGCGAAACUCUGAGUGUAGCACAAGUCAAACAGACUGCAGAGUAGCAGGAAGCAGAAAAAGCCGAAAGUCUCAUGAUAUCUGGUCCCGUGGGGAAUCUAACCCCCUAUGAUUGUGUGGAGCACGCUACUUUGUGUACCCCUCUGCUCUUUAGAAGGCGGCCAAGACAAUCAGCUUAUGGAGAUGCGCUAGCGAGCGCACUUGAAUAGUCAACAUUAGCCGCGGAGGGGUUCAUUCUUUCGACAAAAGGAAGAGAUCCAUAAAUAUUUUAUGGUCCGACCCAGAAAGAGGAAGGGGCAGAUUAACAUAUGUCUUCUUUUAGCAUCACGGGCCGGAACUGAACAUUCAUAUUGCAGAUGUCGAACGGGAUUGGUCUGACCACGCGCUUUGGUGGCCGGAGAAACGAAGAUGGCUGCAGCACACGCGUUCCACACUCGAUCAGAACGGAAUCACCGCCGAAACACAGUUGGAGUUCACUCCGAUGCACAAGGACGCGCGGAUCCAGCUGCCAGACAUGCAAAUGAUCGACGCCCGACUCGACUUCUCCGUCAAUAUUGUCAAGGCGACGGCCAAGUUGUGCAGGGACAUCGGAGUCCGGCACUCGGAAGAGCUCUCGUUGAAGCGGUACAUUCCCCCAGAAGUCCUUCGCAAAGGCACCUCCGACGCCGACAACAUGUCCGGCCCACAGUCAAUCCGCCCAGGAGAGGAGUCGGUCGGCCCGAUGACUCUCCGAAAGGCUGCGCCGAUCUUCGCCUCCCAAUCCAACCUGGACAUGCGUCGUCGCGGACAGUCCCCGGCACUCUCUUCUUCUGGUCACAUCUUCAACGCCCACGAGAUGGGAACUCUCCCCCGUCACGGAACACUUCCACGUGGCGCCAGUCCAUCCCCGGGAGCCUAUAAUGACACGAUGAGGAGGACGCCGAUCAUGCCGAGCAUCAGCUUCAGCGAGGGGCUCGAAAACGAACAGUUCGACGCGGCUCUCAUUCACUCUCCACGCAUUGCUCCGAGUCGGGACACCCCGGUGUUCCGGCCGCAGAAUUACAUCGAAAAGGCCGCAAUCAAUCGAGGAUGGCUGGACUCGAGCAGAUCCCUUAUGGAGCAGGGAGUCUUCGAGGGAGAUAUUGUGCUGCUGCGAUUCAAGUACAUGAACUUCUUCGACUUGAAUCCAAAGUACGACCCGGUCCGUAUCAACCAACUCUACGAGCAGGCAAAGUGGAGCAUUCUGCUCGAUGAGCUCGACCACACCGAGGAAGAAGCCACGUUGUUUGCCGCUCUCCAACUUCAGGCCACUCUCCAGAGAGAUUCGCCCGAACCGGAGGAUAACAACAAAGAUGACGUGGAUAUCCUUCUGGAUGAACUCGAGCAGAACUUGGAUGCCGCUGCACUCAACAGACGGUCCGACCUGACACAAGUGCCCGAACUCGCCGACUAUCUAAAGUACAUGAAGCCGAAGAAGUUGGCGGCGUUCAAGGGUUCAAGAGAGCCUUCUUCUCGUUCCGCGACCUCUAUCUCUCGUACCAUCAGAGCUCCUCCGACGUCAACUCCACACCCCUCGGACACUUUUCACUGAAAGGCUGUGAAGUCAGUCCGGACGUCUCCGUGAGUCAGCAGAAGUACCACAUCAAACUUUUGGUGCCGACUGCCGAGGGAAUGUCCGACUUCAUUCUGAAAUGCGACUCGGAGCACCAGUACGCCCGGUGGAUGGCCGCGUGUCGGUUAGCCUCCCGCGGAAAGUCCAUGGCCGAUUCGUCGUAUCAGCAGGAAGUGGAGAGCAUAAAGAACCUGCUCAAGAUGCAAAGUGGUUAGUGAUUGCUGAGAUUUCCUUGAAAUGAAUCUUUCUGAAUUGCAGCGAACGGAAACGAGAACGGUACGGCGUCGCGGAAAGCGCAGGCGGUGAAGCUUCCGAACGACUUCAACGUCGACGAGUACAUCUCGUCCAAGUACGUGCGCAGGGCCAGGAGCAAGCAGUCUCUGCAGCAGAAAGUGUCCGACGCGCACGGAAACGUGCGUCAGCUCUCGGCCACCGAGGCUAAACUGCAGUACAUCCGGGCGUGGCAGGCACUUCCCGAGCACGGCGUCCACUACUUUAUCGUGCGAUUCCGGAACGGACGCAAGGCCGACCUCAUCGGAGUGGCCAUCAAUCGAUUGGUCAAACUGAACAUGGACAACGGUGAGAGUUUGAAGACGUGGCGGUUUGCGAACAUGAAGAAGUGGCACGUCAAUUGGGAGAUUCGGCAUCUGAAGGUAAGUAGACAUUCUGCACCAUUUGGAUCAUUCCUUCAUUCCCUUCUUCUCAGAUCCAAUUCGAAGACGAGGACAUCGAGUUCAAGCCGCUUUCGGCCGAUUGCAAAGUGGUUCACGAGUUCAUCGGCGGCUACAUUUUCCUUUCGAUGCGCAGCAAAGAGCAGUCCCAGACGCUCAACGAAGAGCUCUUCCACAAGCUCACCGGAGGAUGGGCCUGA